GCACCUGACUAUAAGUCGCUGGACCAGUCAAACUAUGAAAAAAAAGUGCGACUUAUAGUCCGGAAAAUACGGUAUACAAAAGUUUGUCCUGAUGAGAAAGUUGGUAGUUUUAAAUAUGUAACCAGAGAUUCCACCAUUGUGGCUCAUCACCACAUCAUUUUCCAUUUUAGGUUAAUGCAUUUAAAAACACUGUGAUCUACAGCAGGCACAUUUUGCAUAUUAUUUUUAUUGUACUGUGAUUACAUAAUAUGCUAAAUCUAAUCUUGCACUAUUUAGAAUUAAAGUGAAUUGGGAUGCAGCAUUAAAUAAUGAAUAGCUGCUGCUUUUAUACAUGUGUUUUCAUGGUUAGAAUGAAGUACAGGUGGGAAGGACUUUAUGGAUGCUGCCAUCCUGCUUUUAAACAGAAAGUGACAAAUGGGCUUCUGGCAUCUCAAUCCACCUUUUGUCCAUCUUGGCUGCAUCACAUGACUUCCAUUAGAGCAUGCAGUUCAUGCCUUAACACCCCGGUGUGGGGCAACAGGUGUCGCUUUUAACCCCUUAACACUCCUGUGGAACUGUGGGGGGAAGUUAAGUCUCUGAAGUUUUGGAUCUAAACCCUCCUUAAGUGUGUUCCUCCCACUUUUGAAAGAGCAUUGUUCUUAUUUACAUUCUGAAAUUUUGGCUUUAGGACAGUAGCUAUAAAACCUCAAGGAUGUCAAAUCUGGAGACCCGUAUAGAAAUUGGUGUGUGUGUGUGUGUCUUUUAGCCAGUAUGCAGUGUUUCACCUGGGGAGGCUGUAGUCUAGUUCUCAUGCCUCUUUCGCUCCUUUUGAGGAAAAGUAAAGAAGCUUAUAGUCCGUUGUGUAAUUUACUGGAUUAACUGAGAAUAAAGAGACGUGCCAAAGCACAGAACACACCAGACAGGUGCUGUUAAACACAAACAUGCUCGGACAAAAACUGGUAAAAAAUAAAAUGUUGCUAAGAGGUGUCUGCUCAGAUGCACCACGUGAAUUAUAACCAGUGGGAAAAAAAUGGCAUGCCACAUGAUCUUCAGAAAUCAUUCUAAUAUAAUCAUUUGCUGCUCAAGAGACAUGUAUUAUUAUCAGUGUUGAAAUGAUUUUGGAUGUUUUUGUGGAAACCGUGAUGUAUAGGAAGUUUGUAAUAUUUAUAAAAGUCUUAACCAUCAUUCUUGAUGAAGUCAAUAUAUCUUUACUGAUUGAAAGUCUUAAUUUAUGCAAAAAAAAAAAAUUCCUGAUCCAAAACCUGUGACCUGUGGAGUUUUUUAAGCAGGUCAGUAUGACUCAGCGAAUCGUGGCGAUGAAAUGAAUGGAGACUUCCUUCUAUGACGAAACUAUCACUUCCAGUUAAGGUCAAAAAGCAAACGCUGUCUGUGAAUGACACUUCCCCUCAUAACAUGCUGAAUGGUAAAUAUGCUCAGCUUGAGCAGUCGGCGCUCGCUGGUCCUGAACUGAAGCCAAGAGAGUCACCGAAGGAAAACAAGCCCUUCGCCAGCGUGCCACCAGAGGAAAAGGAAGUGCUCUUCUCUUCCUAGAGAUGUUUUUGAAGAUUCCACUCGUGUGUUUGUAGAUCAUGUGGGCGUCUGUUUAGGGCUGGAUUUGUGAUGACUCACACCUUCUCUUUAUCUCCUUAUAAAUAUCUAGUAUGAGACGGCUACGCAUUUAUUUUGAGACAUCAUACAAGUAAGAGUACGUCAUACAAACAGAAGAACAGGAACUGAUUGUCUCGCUGAGCGGGACAGUGCUGCUAUGUUCACAUUUAAAGGAAUAGUCCCCCCAAAUGAAAAUUCGGUCCUCAUUUACUCACCCUCAAGUUGUUCCAAACCUGUGUGUGUUUUUCUUCUUCUGUUGAACAUAGAAGAUAUUUAGAGGAUUGUGGCUAACCAAACAUUUGUUUGUCCCCAGUGGGGACCAGAAACUGAAGAAAGAAACUCGUACAGGUUUGGAACAGUUUUAGGGUGAGUAAAUCAUGAUCGAAUUUUUAUUUCAGUGUGUGUGGUGUCAGUUUACACAGAUUUCCACACAAGGAGAAAGAGGAAAUGGUUCUUUUAGAUGCUCUACAUGAAAUAUACAAACUCGAACAAAACAUACUUGGAGGAGGAGAGGAUUUCAUUGAUUUUAAAAACACUCACAGUUCCUACACAGCAGAUCUUCAGAUGAUCGAUUGUUGUGUGUGUAAAUGUGAGCUGUAUUGCUGUGGUUUAUGUGGAGCUGUGGAGUCUGUGCUCCGUGGCUGAUGUAGUUCUGGGGUUGAGCAAGUGUUUACUUAACAGUGAAUUUAGCUCAGUAUCUCACACACACAACGUGUUCUGACAAGACACUCAAGGUCGGAAGACAAGGCCUCAUUCCUCAUAUGGGUUUUUACCCACGCUGCUCAAAUUAUUUCUGAGUGUGCAAAAUGAUGAAAACAAGACUUUAAACCAAAACACUAGCUUUUGUUUAAUAAUGUAAUAUCACAGCUGAGUUUUAUUAUUUAAUUUCUCUAAUAUGUUUUGUGGCUUUUAUUCCAUUAGCUCUGAGGCUAAUCUACACUACUGUUCAAAAGUUUGGGGAAGCCAAAAAUGACAGCGGGUGUCUCGUCUGUCCACUGUGUGAUAAGAGCUUUCAGACCCAACACCAGCUCACCAUGCACAUCCGCCAGCACAACAUUGAUAGCGGGGCUUCGGACCACUCGUGCAGUAUCUGUGGGAAGUCUCUGAGCUCGGCUAGCUCUCUGGAUCGUCACAUGCUAGUGCACAGUGGAGAGAGACCCUACGAAUGCUCUGUGUGCCAUCAGACCUUCACCACCAAUGGCAACAUGCACAGACACAUGAAGAUCCACGACAAGGACUCUGCCAGCUCCAUCCCCAACAGUCCAACUCUGUCUCCACCUAAGCGACGACGUCACUCUGCAGCCAAACGCAAACUAAGCCAUGAUGAAGAUGGUGAGAAAACGGAGGAGACAGCCAGCAAAAAGGUCAAGGAGGAUAGCAUAGUAGAUGAGCAGAGUUUGAACAGAGGACAGGAAGAAGUCUUGACCUGUCCUAUCUGCUUUAAGACCCUCACCUGCAGAAACGACUUCGAUGCCCACGUGGAGACCCAUCCUGACACAACUCUGAGAUGUGAUUUAUGCUGCAUCUCAUUCCGGACACACCGAAGUUUGCUCCGCCACAAUGCAGCUACCCAUAAGCAGCUACCCACAGACCCCAACGGACGACCCUUUAUUCAGAACAACCCAUCCAUUCCUCUUGGCUUUAAUGAUCUGGCUUUCAUUGACUUCUCAUGCCUGAAGUUCCCUCAAAUUGCACAGAUUUGGUGUGAAACCAACCUUCGGCGAUGUACUGGCAAAUUCCAUCGUUUUGUAUGUGACACAUGUGAUAAAGCAUUUCCUCUUAGCUCAGCUCUGGACUUGCACAAAACCUCACACGAGACUUCACACGAGACUUCACACGAGACUUCCAGUAGCACACAAGAGUCAACUUCACCCUUAAUUAUGAAAGAUGAGCCUCCCACUCCUGAGAAAAGCAGCUUCAUGGACUCCCUGGGCUUGCAGCACAUCUCUCAGGUUAAGCCUGUCCCCUCAGAAGAUGAUGUCCAGCAGGCCAAGCUUGAUAGCAUUCGGGUUAUCCACGUGGACCAGAAUCAGUCCUCUGUCCCUCAGGAGGACGGCCUUAGUGAAGGGGUUAACCUGUCUCUUGUAGACCCAACGACUCUUCAUGGUUUGUCCCAUCAAGAAGCUCUCAAUCUGCUGUCCCUUCAGCCCUUCCAGACUGGUUUUAUUGUGCACCCAGAUGGUGGUAUGGUAGUGAAGCCUGUUUGUGGUGAAACCAGCAUGGAACUUUCUGAUUUACAACAAAUAAUCAAAGUAGCUUCUGCUGCUCCUAACCAGAUCACUCUCCCACCCUUAUCUAAGGCGCCUUGUAGUGCCGUGCAAUCAGGCUACAAACAGAUGCCUCCACUCAAGCCAAAGCCAUUGGUGGCUCCCAGAACCAGUAUGGUAGCCUCAACUCCACCACCCCUAUUGAACACCCAGCAAGCGUCCUUGGGCUGUAUCAGCCCUAGCCUCCCACCCCCUGCCAGCCACCCUAUCAAGACAGUUUGGGACAUCUCCCCAUCUUCCUCAUCCAAUUCUGCCAACAGCCAGGUUUCAGCAGAGAGGAUACAAAUGGAGGCAGAUUGCAUGGGAGAUGCCCAUACCCCAAUGGACAUGGAUGAAAGACAUAUCAAACAGGAGAAUGGCAAGUUAGAAGAGACCACUGGAAAGAAGGGAACAUCUCAGAAAGGCUUGUUUUCUGGUGUGCUGCAGGCACAUAUGCGAUAUCAUUUUGGCAUCCUACCCCACCAAUGCAAUAUCUGCGACUACGUGGCCCCAGACAAGGCAACACUGAUUCGUCAUUUGAGAACACACAGUGGUGAGCGUCCCUAUGUCUGCCGGAUCUGUCAUUACCCAUUUACUGUUAAGGCUAACUGUGAACGCCACCUUCGCAAAAAGCACAUGAAAAACAAUCGCAAGGAGAUUGAGAAAAACAUUAAAUAUGUGACAUCGUCCACAACCACAGCAGACAUACUGGAGCAGGUUGGAACUAGUGAAACUACUUGCCGCUUCUGCGGGGAGGACCUAAAGACCUUCCGAGCCCUGCAGAUUCACUUGCGCACACACAAUGGCUGCCAGCGAAAGCCAUUUGAGUGCAAGCGUUGUGGAGCAGCCUUCCUUGCCAAGCGGAACUGUAUCCAUCACCUUCUGAAACAACAUCCAGAAGUCCAAGAGCAGGAUAUUGAAGAGCACAUAAUCACUCUUCUAGCUGCAUCAACCCCAAAUAGCCCAAACCCCUCUCCUCUCAGUGGGGUUUCUCCUAGCACUGUUGUGCAGCCUAUCAAAGUUGAGGACCUUAGCUUUUACAACAUAGAUAUGGAUCAACCUCUGGACUUCUCUAACAAAAGUCAUGGGGGCAGCAGUGCUGGAAGUCUGAGUGGAUCUCCUGGGAUCAAAACUGAACCUGUCUCUUAUGACUCUAGCAUGGAACCAAUUGACCUCUCUAUUCCUAAGAAUCCUGUAAAGAAGCUCAAAAAAGACAUUGAGGCCACAUUGCCAAGAGAGGUUAAGAAAGAACAGUCAUCCAUUAGCAUACUUGCACAGGCUUUACAGGCCGAGAAGUCCAUUGAUGAGAAGUCCCAAACUCUUGGAUGCUACCAGGUCCCUGUUGCUUUGUCCUCCAAUGCUGCAGGAAGGCUCUUGCGUUUAAAGCCACUGCUUCCUAAACCUUCCUCUGCUGCUGUGAAGGAGCUUCCACCACUAGCAUCUAUUGCUCAGAUCAUUUCCUCUGUUUCUGGUGCCCCUGACCUUCUUAAACGGGACAACACUAAUAAUCUUCAGGCUGAUUCUGAUACACAUGGCAAGCAAGACUCACCAGAUAUUUUGACACAAGAGUUUUCUCUAGGGAGCUCAAAGAGGAGGUCUAGGAAAAGGCUUUCUAACAGAACAGUAAAAGAGAAACCUGUGAUGAAUGCCACAGACCCAAGUAUUGAUUUGGAGUCUAGUGGGGAGUUUGCUAGUGUUGAGAGGAUGUUGGCAACCACUGAUGCCAACAAGUUCAGCGCCUAUCUUCAGACCAACACAAUUGAGUUGGCAAGAAAAGGUGGACAGAAGCCAGGUGCUAGUGACGAGAAAGAGGUGAAAGAUGAGAAACACUUGCUGGCCCACCAGACUGUUCAAUCCCAACACUCCAAAGGAAAGAAGAAUGCAUACUCAAAUUCUGUGCAAAAGAUGACUUGCCCCUUUUGUCCCAGAGUUUUCCCUUGGGCAAGCUCGCUUCAGCGCCACAUGUUAACACACACAGGUCAGAAGCCAUAUCCUUGUCCCCAGUGUGAUGCCUUCUUCUCAACCAAGUCUAACUGUGAGCGACAUCUUUUACGCAAACAUGGCGUUUCCAACAGAGUGCUUAGACGCAAUGGAGCAAUACCCAAGUCUAAGGACGCAGAGGAAGGCUCACCAGAGAGUGCAGAGAGUGCAUCUGAGACGGAGCUUCUUGUUAGUGAGGCUAUGGAUCUCACAAGAUCAGACCCUGAGAAGCCUUUAGCAUCUGACGCUGAGAAACCUUCACCAGCUAAGCCUACAGAAACAGCCAUGGUAGAGCCUCUUCCUCACAAAGAAGAGGAGGACCCAACAGCCCUAGAGUCUUUGAAGCACAAUGACUCAGAAAAAGAGGAUGGCGAUUCCCAUAGCAAUAAGACCCUUGACUUGACCUUUGUUUCCAAAUCGCAGGACCUCAAGAUCCCUGAGAAAGACCAGCCACAGUCCUCUCCUGCAGCACAUGGUGACAUGUCUGACAAAGCAACACCUCAGGAGGAGUCCAAAUUGACCUGCAAGUGUUGCAAGAAGAGCUUCCGCUACGCCGCCACCUUGACCAGACAUGAGAAAGUUCACCAGCAGGAUGUAGCAUCAGACUCAACAAAUGGACCUGAACAAAGCCUCACAAAAUCAGACGACCCAAUUAUGCCUUGUGAAAAUAAGAAACAGGUUACAGAGGAAGAGGUGGAGAGUGUAAGAAAGGGCACAAGAGAGAACGAGGGUUCGGGCAGUGUGGUGGAUAGUGGAUCUGAGGAGGAUAAAGAGGAGAGGAGUGAUGAAGAGGGACCUACAACUGAACCAAAGAGUGCUGAGGGAGAGACUGAAGAACCUGGCAGCAAGCCGGACAAGAGGAAAAAGGUGUGCGGUAUAUGCAACAAACGUUUCUGGAGCCUUCAGGACCUCACCAGACACAUGCGCUCUCACACAGGUGAGAGGCCUUAUAAGUGCCAGACAUGCGAGCGCACUUUCACCCUUAAGCACAGUUUGGUCCGACAUCAGCGAAUCCACCAGAAACUACGUGAAGCGGAUAGCGAUGGUUCGACUUGCGGGGUCACAGGUGGACCAGACGAGGACGGCUUCAGCGGGCGUUCGGCUAGCGAAGGCGAGAGCACACCCACCAGCACCAAUCCACCCUCUGAGAACGAAAGCGAAUUAACAGACACUGUGAAGGAGGAGCCAACCUCACGGGAGAAAGAGGAGGAUUGUGGACCCCCUGCGGAAGCUGAAGAGCUUAAACUAACCUCCAAGACGAGACCUGCAUCAGCAGCAGAGACACCCAAAGAACCGCCAGAGGAGAAACCAGCAUCAGAUUCACCCACCACAUCCGACUUAGAGCCGUCGGAGGGAUUCAUCCAAGGUUUACUGGAAAUCCACACCAAGCCCACUACUGAGCACAUUUUGCCCACCCCCGAGCCGCCACUGCUUGGAGUGGAGUGAAGAGCGACUCUUUUCUAGUUUAUCUUACCUAGUGGUGAAACGUGCUUCGAGAAGAAGCAGUGCCAUAUAACAAAAGUACAUUGCAAUGAGAAAAAAGAAGCAAUGACUUGUUUCCAAGUGCCUUUCUACUUUUUUGCUAUAUCUUUAUCUGCAUUUUUCUCGAUUUAAAGUUGAUUUUUAUAGUAUUUUACAAUGAUCAUUAUGAUUUUUGUGUGUGUGCGUGUGUGUGUAAUCCUGAGAGAACUACUUUAAGCAAUAUAUGAACAAAUUUGCAUAUCAUAUUGAAGAGUUUUGCAAUCUGUCGUAUGAAAAGCAAGUUUAUACCCUUAUCCAGCGACGGCUGGAUUAACAAGAGGACGUGUUUCUACUGAAAGGCUUGUACCUUAAGUGCAUAACUGGAAUAUGCAAAGAUGACUUGUUCACCAUAGGGCUUCUUCGUUGCUGUUUGUCCUCUUUAACUCGCCAGUAAUUUCCCCGUUUUAAUUACAGACGCUUUCAGAGUAAGUGUUUUAUCACAGAGAUCUGUCAUUCUGGGUGCUGUGUCAACUAAAGAUGUUUUGGGGAAACAUCCGAGGGUCAUCCUCGGAAAGAUGAUCAGCAGCUGUCGCGUUAAGUAUAUGGGCAAAGUAUAAGAGCUCAAAACAGGUGAUGAAUGUCCAGCUGUGCUGAUUGUGUCAAUGUCUUGAGUUAGCAUUAACGUAAAAUUUUUUGGCACAAAACGAUGGUUUUUAAUGAGGGAUGGCAAUGUUUUUAACUUAAGGGCUCUUGAAUUACUGUCCCUCAAGCCCUGUCUCAGCUACUUAAGAAUACAAAAAUUAAAAAAAAACAAAUUACAGGAAGCCCAUGAGUUAUGAAUCUGAUGUACUUAUGAAAUGUGUAACUGUGUCGUGUUACAGUCUUCCAAAAACAUACAUUUCUAAGCCUUACUCUUUCGUCUUAGCUUUAGGCAGGUGUCUUACUUUCUGCCGGGCUCACGAACUAGAUUUCAGGUGUACUUGAACCCUGUCGCCCUGCUGCCUCGAGUCAGGAUGUGGUCCUGCAGCGCUCCUCAGCCAGGAGGACCCCGAUGUCAAUCACACGUUCUUCUGUAGUGUUGGAUCUCUUUGACCUCUCAGUUUUAUGAACUCAUUUUGUAAAGAAACCUCAGACACAAACAAAGCAAAAACCUCAAAGGGCACGGAGACUGUUUGAAAUCAUGUGGACUGGUAAGCAUCUCCGAAUAUAGGUCUCCCGAUUUCCUGGAGAAGACAUCUACCAAACGGAUGCCUGUUGAUCAGCAUGCCGGGAUGUGAAUAGGAAUUGCGUGGAAGGUGAGAGAGUUUGCCCCUGAUUGGAUAUCAGGUUGUGUGCGCCCCCUAGUGGUGAAGAUCUAACAUCUCUGCUCAGGCACGAGACUUGUAUUAUUGGAUGAACUUGAAUGCAAUCGCAAUCGCUUUCUCUAUCUGUGUAUUCCGGGACUUCUGCUUCUCCCGAUGCCUUUUCCUGGGUUCAUGUUGAGUGUGUUUUGUGUUGGUUGUGUGCAGACGUGAUUGGUUUCCUGGUAAGAAUGCUCACAGACUUGUUUUUAAUGUAUUUAUUGUGACACAGUGGGGGUGAAGAAGUAAAUGUGGAGAAGCCAUGUAUUAUCACAAUUAUGCUGCAUAAAAAAAUGAUUCAAAUUCAAUACUUAGCAUCCCAGCUCUGAUCUGGGUCAUAAUCACUUUUGAUCUGAAAGCUUUAUGUAUAUCUUUAUAUGAAUUUUUUUUUUUUUUUUUUUUUUUAGAAUGUGUGGACUGUUUCUGUUAUCUUUAUUAUAUUAUUAUGAUGGUGAUUUAUUUCAGUUUGACAGAGAGAUACAAAUUUGUUUUCAUUGAUAUAUUCUUUUGCAUAUAAAACUGUGAAAUUUACUGUUAAUGUUCUGCUAUGGGUGAAUCUUUAGGGUAGUUUUGCAUGAUAACCUGUUUUGUUGUUCAGUUAUAAUUUUUUGUAUGUUUUCGCCCCACCUGCCCCCCGCCCCCCCGCUCUGUCUCACUCUCAGGGUUCAUACAGAAGUCUUUCUCAAAUCAUCAUUUUUUUUCUUGCAACAAAAAUUUCUCUUCACCUAUGAUUUCUAAAUCUGUUGAAUCAUCAAUCACUACUUUUUUAGCACUUGACUGUGAAUUCAAAUGAACAGGGUGGAGUUAUCAAAUCCACAUUCCACUCAUGGGUUUUCUACAAGGUAUGUAUUUCUUUUUCCCUAUUUUUUUUUUUUAUCCUCCCGUCUCUUUAGAAAAAUGAUGCAGAGGAUUGGAAACCUGUCACUGUUAGACGUGCUGACUGAUGUAAAAGGGAGCUUUGUGUCGCUGCUACACCCCCAAAAAUAAUUCUACUGGACUUGAAUGGAACCAGAAUCACCAGAACAUUUUUGGUACACUACUCUUGUUCUUCGAAUGAGUGCUUCAGAAUCAGAAAUGUAAGCUGUUCUGUAUCAAAACUAUUCAAGCAAUAAAGAUAUUUUAAAGGAAA